CAAUGACACAGCCCUACCAGGUACCUCGGUGCAACUCCCAUGCCAUAAUGUUUUCAACCCGCCUGUCACUGCGGUGAAUGGGAGAGAAAGAUAAGACCAUCUUGACUCAAUAAGUUCUCUUAUCACAUCAUGGAAUCUUAGGCAUCAGCGAAGUAUUUCUACUCGAACCUUCAGCCUCGCUGUGGCAGUCUGGCUACAGUAGCAGGACCUGCACAUCAACACUGGGACUAAUGUCAGCGGUCAAUCCAUUCUGCUGCAAUGGUCCCAUCCCCCGUUGCUUCACGCACAUCCUGUCACUAAUACCGGAGGACACAACCUAUACCCCCUUAUCCUCUUCCAGGUCCGCGAAUCCACUGAUAACUUCCUUCCUAAGUUCUACCGUCUGCUGUCUUGUCUACCCGGCUACUACACAAUUUGAGGCAUUAUUCCUCUCUUACUUCUCUAUGGUCUCCUUCCAGGUCAUCGUACAAGUCACGAAGCUGGUCUCCAGAAACGACAUCCACGAGGCGGUCUCGAAACGGUACUUUGUUCGGUACGGCAGCCGAUGCAUUUCUUCGGGGGGCCGCGAGAUUUUGAAGGGAAAACAGUGGAAGGAGAUUGCGAAGGAAGAAGCGGAUGAAUCAUUGAGACCUCCUGGAAGCGGGAUUGAAAUAGGGGAUGGAGAAACGUGGAUUGAAUUGGAUGGUACGGAGAAGUUGUGGUGCGAGACUCACAGGGCAUUUUUUGAGUUGAGAGUCUGGAUUAAGGACAGUUGACUGCAUGGUUCUUGCUGGGUUCUGUUAACUGGAAAUCUCGGAUGGCCGUUCAACUCCGGAUUUAACUUGCGG